GAAUUGACUACAAGACCACUACUAUCUUGUUGGAUGGCAGAAGGGUCAAGCUGGAGCUCUGGGACACGUCGGGGCAAGGAAGAUUUUGCACCAUUUUCAGAUCCUACUCCAGAGGAGCCCAGGGAAUUCUCUUGGUGUAUGACAUCACUAAUCGCUGGUCCUUCGAUGGGAUAGACAGGUGGAUAAAGGAAAUAGAUGAGCACGCCCCAGGCGUCCCUCGGAUCCUGGUGGGCAACAGGCUCCACCUGGCCUUCAAGAGGCAGGUGCCCACGGAGCAGGCGCGGGCCUACGCGGAGAAGAACUGCAUGACCUUCUUCGAGGUGAGCCCCCUCUGCAACUUCAACGUCAUCGAGUCCUUCACGGAGCUCUCCCGCAUCGUCCUCAUGCGCCACGGCAUGGAGAAGAUCUGGAGACCCAACAGAGUGUUCAGCCUGCAGGACCUGUGCUGCCGAGCCAUCGUCUCCUGCACCCCGGUGCACCUCAUCGACAAGCUGCCCUUGCCCGUCACCAUCAAGAGCCACCUGAAGUCCUUCUCCAUGGCCAACGGGAUGAACGCGGUGAUG